CUGCAUCAUCAAUCAAGACCAAUCUUUCCACUUAACGCGUAAUUGUUCAAUUGAACUUGGUAAAUAUCAUAGCUCAAUUGCCAAUCUACAACAUACAAUUACAAUCCCUUCAUCUAACCCUCCAUUCACAAUGUCUGUUGAGCUUACCCCCUCCAAGAAGGCUGCUUCCGCUUUCGAGUCUCUAAAGAUGGACUCUCCCAUGAAGAAGCUUGACUUAGGCAAGGAGAACGCUCCUUUCGAUGCCAGCGUCGAUGCCAUUGCCAACGAGAUCGAGUCGCAGAAGGUUAUCGCCACGAAGGAAGAGAAGCCGGCCGUUGCCGAGACUAUCACAUCCGAGGAGGCUGACGAGCCUAUCCUCCAAGAGAACCCUCAGCGAUUCGUCCUAUUCCCUAUCAAGUACCACGAGAUCUGGCAAAUGUACAAGAAGCACGAGGCUUCCUUCUGGACUGCCGAAGAGAUCGACCUGUCCAAGGAUCUUCACGAUUGGAACAACCGACUAAACGAGGAUGAGAAGUUCUUCGUCUCUCACAUCCUUGCUUUCUUCGCCGCCUCCGAUGGCAUUGUCAACGAGAACCUCGUCGAGCGAUUCAGCGGUGAAGUCCAGAUCCCUGAGGCUCGAUGCUUCUACGGUUUCCAGAUCAUGAUGGAGAACAUCCACUCUGAGACAUACUCUCUCCUCAUUGACACCUACAUCAAGGAGCCUGCCCAGAAGACCCAUCUCUUCAAUGCCAUUGACACUAUCCCCUGCAUUCGCCGAAAGGCCGACUGGGCUCUUAAGUGGAUUGCCGACAAGAAGUCUACCUUUGCUCAACGUUUGAUCGCCUUCGCUGCCGUCGAGGGUAUCUUCUUCAGUGGAGCUUUCGCUUCCAUCUUCUGGCUCAAGAAGCGUGGUCUGAUGCCUGGUCUUACCUUCUCCAACGAGCUUAUCUCUCGUGACGAGGGUCUCCACACUGACUUCGCUUGCCUGCUCUUCACUCACCUCAAGAACCGCCCCGGCAAGGACGUCAUUGAGAAGAUCAUUGUGGACGCUGUCGCUAUCGAGCAGGAGUUCCUGACGGAGGCUUUGCCUUGCGCCCUGCUCGGCAUGAACUCCAACCUGAUGAAGCAGUACAUCGAGUUCGUCGCUGACCGCCUACUUGUCGCCCUUGGCAACGAGAAGGUGUACCGCUCUGCCAACCCAUUCGACUUCAUGGAGAACAUCUCCCUUGGUGGCAAGACCAACUUCUUCGAGAAGCGUGUCGGUGACUACCAGAAGGCGGGUGUCAUGGCCAGCACCAAGAAGAACACAUCUAACGACGACGUCGCGACGACAGAUGGCCAGAGAGAGAACGGAGGUGACUUCACCUUCGACGAUGACUUUUAAGCUCGUCGCUCAAUACUCCUUUCUCUUACCUGUUUUCGAUACCCCCUUGCCUCUUGUACCAUAGUUGCUUGCGCCUACUCAUACUCUCCCUCGACAUUAGAGCCUAGAGGGUAUAUAAUGCAUAGAACCGGCGAGCAAUUGCGUGGCGCACGGUUGGAUCCAGCAACUCCACUAUUUGGAUUGUUGGAUUCCCUUUUCCUUUUGUCUACAUUAAUGAACACGGUCAUCCGAAGGUGUUUUGGCGUUGGGACUCGCGGUUGCUUUUUCGACGUCACGCUUUCGACUAUCGAGGGAUGACGGUCCGCGAUGGGGGGAGGCAUGAAAUGAAGAAAUCAAUUGAUCAAUAAGAUGAUGGUUGGGCGGAAUGACUUGAUGCAUGGAACGCGGACGUAGUUAGCUAGAGCUGCAAAGACAGCUGGUGAUUAAUACAAUCACGAUGAGGAA